GUUUGACGUAUCUCUUGUCAAUGAUGUCAAUUAUCUAAUUUGUCCCGCCAACGCCGACCGAAAUGGAAAAAUGAGAAAAAACGCCGCUUAUUGUGUCUUGAAUUUGGAAUAUUGGAAUGUGUUUUAAAUCAUUCGUGAUCUUAGUAAUUUUUUAAGUGUUUAAUUAUUGUGAACUUUUAUUGUAUUGUUCGAUUGUUGCUACUUUGAGGAAAAAUGAAUAAUCAAUUGCUAGACAUUAGUAAAAACUACCCGACAACGGUGACAACUUGGUGAGUUUGCAUGCCUACUUUUGAAUCAUUUUUGUGCACUUACAUGAAACUAUUUUGUGAACAGAUCAGCAUUUAGAAUGUCUACUUUUAAAUCCAAAAGUAAGCGUCAGCAAAGACGUUUAAUUAACGCAAAAGUAGAGAAAGUAAUUGGUGAAUUGCGAGCUGAAAAUUUUACCUCCGAGACUGGCUCUGAAGAUUCUCAUUGUCCUCAGCCCAUAGUACAAAUCUGUACAAAUAACCAUACUUAUUCUACGCCAUCAACUUCUUCAGGUUCUAUUUUUAAUGAAAACCUAUUCAGUUUACAUAAAAAAAAAUCACAUACUGAUGUAGUCGAUAGCAGCCCUGAUAGUUUAAACAAUAAUUCCCCUGAAAUUUUUGAAAAUUUUUAAAAAAAAAUUUUUUAAAAGGGUGGGCGCUUAAGAAUAACAUAACACAUACCGCUGUAAACGACUUACUCCGUUGGUUUUCUACUAAUCCAAAUAUUUUAAACCUUCCAAAGGAUGCCAGAACUUUGUUAAGCACACCAAGGCAAUUAGAUUAUAUUCAAAAUAUGGGAAAUGGGCACUAUUAUUAUUUUGGAUUUGUGUCAGGAAUCACAAAAAUUUUUAAAAAGUAUGGCCCUGCUAGUGCAUAUUAUUUGGAUUUUAAUGUUGAUGGAAUUCCCAUUCAUAAAAGCACUAAAGAAUCAUUUUGGCCAAUUUUAUGUAAAGUUUCUAAUUUUCCACAAGAACACCCAUUUGUAGUGGCAAUAUUUUCUGGUUCUACUAAACCACCACUUGAGCUCUAUUUUACAGAUUUUUUAAAAGACCUUAAAUGUUAUAUUGAAAGUGGAAUAAUUAUAUCUGAUAAAAUUUUAAAGAUUAGUUGUCGAUGCUUUUGUUGUGAUACUCCAGCAAGGACAUUUAUUAAAGGGACUAAAGGGCACAAUGCCUAUUAUGGAUGUGAUAAGUGCACUACAAGUGGGGAAUAUUAUUGUGGAAAAGUUGUAUUUCCAGAAGUAAAUGCAGAAUGUAGACCAAAUGCAAAAUUUUUAAAUGGUGAUUAUGGUGACUACCAUAAACAACAGAGCCCUUUAGUAGAAUUGGGUAUAGAUUUUAUAUCUGCAUUUCCUGUUGAUUAUAUGCACAGUAUAUGUUUAGGGGUAGUUAAGAAGUUAAUUGACAUAUGGAAAAAUUGAAAUAGGCAUUUAUAUCGUUUUAAAUUAGAUAAAUUACAGUUAUUUGAAAGACGUAUAGAAAUUAUCAGCAGAGGACAUUAUUGGCCUUCAGAAAUGGACAGAAAACCACGUCCCAUCGCUGUAGUCGAAAAUUGGAAAGCCAUAGAGUUUCGUCAUUUUUUAUUAUAUGUUAGUUCUUUAUUAAUUGAUAUUUUACCAAAUCAUAUUUUUUAUAACUUCAUGUUAUUACGUUUUGGAAUAACUAUAUUAUUAAGCCCCACUUUAAAUAACAAAUAUAAUGCAUAUGCAGCUGAAUUAUUAAAACAAUUUGUUUUAAGUGCUACCAAUAUAUACGGUAAAGAAUUUUGUGUCUAUAAUGUUCACACUGUUGUUCAUCUUGCUGAACAAGCAAUGACAUAUAACACAUUAAAUUCUAUAAAUUGUUUUUCCUAUGAAAAUUACUUGGGUUCUUUAAAGCGUUUGCUCAGAAAAUCCAAUCAAAGUCUUCAACAAGUAGUAAAUAGAAUCCUAGAAGGAAAGAAUCUUAUUGCAAAAGAUACAUUUGAAGGGAAAAAGUUACUUGGAAAACCAAUAGCUUUUAAGGAUAAUAGGACUUAUUAUAAAAAACUUCAAUUCAAUAAUGAAAUAAUAUCAAUUAAAACUGGCGAUAAUUGUGUUUUUUUAACUAACAAUUAUAUUUUUAUUGUAAAACAAAUUUAUGUUCAUUCUGAUGAAAUUUUAAUGGAAGGCUCAAAAUUUAAUGAUGUUAAAUCUUUUAUAACAUAUCCAACAGAUAGUUCUUUUAUACAAUUGUAUCAAGUUUCAAAUCAAUCUGCAGAAAUUCUGACAGUUACUUCUGAGAACAUUUCUAAAAAAGCAAUUUUAAUGCCACUAGAAAAUGGAACAUUUGUAUGUUCUCCAUAUCUGCAUUUGAUGUAAAAAAAUAAGUAAGUACCUACAUAUUUAAUAACUGUGUAUUGUAUAAAAUAGGGGUUGUCCCAGAUUUUAUUGGCCAGCGUAUAAAUUACUUAUUUGCAAAAUUAAAAGUUUGAAAACAAUUAGGGGUGAAUUAGGCACAGCACAACUCUUUGAAAUGGUACAUUAAAAUUGCAUCUCCAAUUAAACAACCCCUCGCAAACUACCCCAACUUUUUUUUGUUGUACUUUAUUUACAAGCAACAAAAUCUUUCUAAUAUGGUAUUGUUAGUUUUACCAAACCAAACUACGCCAAUUUUUUUGUCAAGUGGCACCCUAUAUUUUUUUUCACGAAUCUGAAAGAUCUUUUAAUCCUGAAUCCAUUGACAUAUCAUCAUAGUUGAUAUUUGAUAUAAUCUGUAACUUCUAAACAUAAAAAUAAAACAAAAAAAUACCAUAUUAGAAAGAUUUUAUUGCUUGUAAAUAAAGUACUUUAUUAACACAAAAAAGUUGGGGUAGUUUACGAGGGGUUGUUUAAUUCAUUCCUAAUUUUUUUCAAAAUUUUAAUUUUGCAAAUGAGCGAGUUAUUUGCUGGCCGUUAUAAUUUGGAACACCCUGUAUAUAAUUUAAUUAUUGUUGGGGAGGAUCAUAUUUCACCAAAAUUGAAUUGUGGGUGCAAUUUUUGGUGGUUUUCAAAAAAUAUUAAAAAUUUUUUAUAAAAUGAAUAUGUCCCACUUCAUGAUGCAUCACCCACUACAUGGAAGCCUUAUAGAUAACACUAGCUUUAUUUUACGUUUUUAGUGAAUAUUUAGUCGUCGAAUUUCCUGAAGAAACGACAGAAGAUAAAAGUAUUCCGAUGGCUCUGGUUUCUAGUGCUUGGGUUUUCGAGGAAAACAAAAAUUGUUAUUGUUAUUGGCCAACAUAUUUGAAAUCCACUUCAAAAAGAGAAAAGGCCGUUAAGAACCAUGAGGAAUUAGACACAGAAAAAUGCCAAAUUUGUGCAGUAAACAUAAAAUAUUCGACAGCAAAAUAUGACAGUGCUUUAUAUAAAUUAAAAAUAUAUGAAGAAGAAGAAAAUUCACAAAUUGAGUCGGAAAUUGAAAAUAAUAAAUCGAGGCGUGUAUGUAAGAGUUAUAUUAGGAACAGAAAAUCCGAAUAUGAGUACUCAUCAGGAAGUAGCGAAGAUGACUUACUUCCGCCAAAAAUCCCACAACCAGAAAAAUUUGUUUAUGUUCAGGAUAUCCCCUUUUCAGAUUCAGCAGGGUCACAAAAAGAAAAGGGUUUUAAUAAUAUGAAUAAAAAACAAGAACUAACCACUGAAAAAAAUUGCCAGCUGAAAGUAAUAAAUAAUCAUAAAUAUUUGAACCAACCAAUUAAGGCGCAAUUAAAAUCAAAUAUAAACACCGAUAGUAGUAAUACGUCAUUUAUCAGCUCAAUCAGUGCUAGUAACUCUUGUAGUAACUGUUAUACUUGUAAAUCAAAUGAAGCACUUUUAAAAGAGCUAAUGAAGUCAAUGGAGAAGAUCAGUCAAGAUUUAAAACAUCUUAUACAAAUAAAUCAAGUUAAAGAAAAUGAAAAUCUUAUUGAUGUUGAUGAUAUUCACUGUUCAAAUACCUUUGAUGAUUUGAAAGAACUAAAUGUAUUAUUAGAAAAUGAAGAACAAUUUAAAACUCUUUGCAUGAAACUUAGUUUAGUUGGCGGAAAAGAUGUUGCCACAUGCACAAGAAAAAUUCUUUCUCGCUUAAUUUCACAUCAAUUAACUCUUAAUUUAAAUUGGACGGGAAGAAAUGAAAAAAGUGGCCUUAAAGAGCUUGGAAAUGUAGUUAAGGUCAUUGUAGCUUCUGUUAGGAGAAAUCCGAAUUCCAAAAACGGAACUGCGGACGAAAUCGAACACGUGAUAAAAACUUGGCUUCGCAAUGCUGCUGAUAGAGAUGGUGGGAGAGUAAGAAGAAAUAAGAAUACUAAUUGAUUUGAUGAUGGAACGUUUUAUUUUAUUUUUAUACAAAGUUUAUUAGAAGGAGUUGUUGUUUAUUUUGCUUAUUGUAAGUUCAUAUAAAAAAGUUAUUAAGUUAGUCUUGUUUUCAGAUGAAACGAUUUAUUUUAUUUUUUAAGUUUGUUUGAAAGAAUGUUUUUUUCUCUUUAUUUGUGUUCAGCCCUGGGUAAAUAUGUAUAUUGAAUAAUAAUGAAUUAUUUAUAUUAUAUCUUCCUUCAUAAG